AUAUCGGGAAUGUAUGUGGAAAUCGGUUCCUAUCCUAACAUAACGGCCGAAGACUGCGGUCUCCGAUAUGUGACGAAAAAACAUGAAAUCAAUUAUAUUCCCAAAUGUUUUGCAAAUCACGUCCAAAACCAGACAAUUGACGAUAUAUUUGGUUCAUUUGAGGCAAAGUCGGCGCAAACAGUGGCCACAAAUCGGAUAUACGGCGGUCGGGACGUGGAGUACGCGGAGUCGCCGUCCACUGUAUUAAUUAAAUACGAUUCGCCGACAGAUAACCACUACUACACCUGCACCGGGAGUCUCAUCAAUGAACGCUGGGUUGUAACGGCAGCCCAUUGUAACUUCAAUUUCACAACAAAAGCCAAUAUAUUUUCCCGAAUUCACGUAUUUGUGGGCAAUAACUAUCACCGCGAAAGUGGACUCACUAUUAGCGUCAACGAGAGCCGAAUGUUUCGGCACCAGAUGUGGGCGUCGGGUGUCCGGCGCUAUGACAUCGCCCUCUAUAUGCUGAACAGAGCGGUCGAUCUGAAGCGGACCAACUCUAUCCACUUCUUGGCGAACACUAUAUGUCUGCCCAAACAGCGGGACCAUCACUGGGGGCUCAACGAAGAGCUCGAGUCGGCCACCAUUUACGGCUGGGGAGUCAAGUACUGGACGCCCGACCGUUACGUACCCGCAGAGCACUUACAGAUGGGCGCAGUUGUGCUGCAAAACGACCCAAAUAUGUGCGAAUGGCUGCUCUGUUCGCGGAUAGAUUACGCGCCCCCAGCCGUCCAACCGAGCCUUUCCCGCACAUGUCCUGGCGAUUCGGGCGGACCAUUGAUUCAGUACACGGACGCACAGGGAUCCCGGGGUGUGCUCAUCGGCAUAACCAAUAUAGACACUGAAGAGGGCAUACUCUGUAGUGAACACAAUUACAAACUCUUUUGGACACCCGUUGCCAUUCAUGUCGAUUGGAUUAUCAAUUCAAUCAAAACAUACCGCGUGUUAGACAGUCUCAACGUUACCAUUGGCUGA